AUGACAGAUAAUAUCAUUACUCAGGUCCAACCGGAAGCUUAUGCUCCAACCACACCAGCUCAUUAUGAAGAUAACAAUAAUGAUGUUGAUUAUAAUUCUAAGAUCCAUUUAAAUAUAAGAGGUAGUGAAUUCACUAUUACAAGAGAUGAAUUGAUGAGUUUACCUGAAAGUAUAUUAUUAUGUUUAUUUCCAAAUGGUGUAUUUUUAGAUGUUAAUAGUCAAAUCAUAACUAAUUUAACUGAAGAUGAUAUUGUAUAUGUUAAUUUCGAUCCAUCAUGUUUCCGAUAUAUUAUUGAUUCAUUUACUGAAGCUCAAAGACAAAUUCCAGAAAUGGCAACUCUUUCUCCAACCGUUAGUAUACCAAGUCGUCAUAGUCAAGAUAAUGUUUUACAACAUAAACCGGCUAUAAUAGUUUUAAGAGAAGAUUUGGAUUAUUAUGUUAUACCUCCUAUUGCGGGAUUAAAUGCUGAUCAUAUAAGGCGUCUUAAAUUAGGGGUAUCUAAACAAUUGAUUGAAAAUAAAUCCAUUUUUAGUGGUUUAGGUUAUGAUGUUGAAACAACUUCAACUGAACAUCAAAAAUUAGGUCCUGCUGAACAACAUUUAUUUGAUAUGUUAUGUUCAUCUGGUUUUAGUGCUAAAGGUUUAUGGGGAAGUAGAUCAAUUGAACCAUCAAAAUGUGUUAUACUGUCAUUACUGUUGGUUAGAUUAAAAUCAACUAGUCCAACUCCUCCUGAAUCACCAAAUUUAGCUCCAGUACUUUCAAAUGCUUCAGGUAGAUCAAGAUCUCGUAUAGCAUCAUUAGCCAAUAGUGCAUCAAGAGCAGCAUCAAGAUCAAUGACUCGAAAAAAACCAGUUGAUGCUAAUCAAACUAAAUUAUUAUUAUUUUGGAGAAAACCAGCAAGAAAAUGUUGGUGGUCAAAUCAAACUUUAGAAAUUCCAAUUGAUUCAAGUUUUAAAUUAAAAGAAAAAGAUAUGAAAGUUAAAGUUCAUAUUAGAAGAGUUUGGACUUUAGAAUUAUCAGUUAUUGGUGUACAAUAA